AUGUUUGCUAAAUCAUUCAAACAAACCAUUUAUGGCGCUGGUCUUAAUGCCAUUGAACACAGUGUAUAUCAAAUGAAAAAUGAAUCUAUUUGUUUCUUACAUGUAAAUCAUAUUGAUUUAGAUAAAGCUCAUGAAAUAAAUGCAACAAACUGGAAGUUGGCUGAAGCUGGAUGUUCCCAUUAUUCAAAAAAAUCUGAACUCGAUUAUGAACAUAAAGCUGGACUUGCAUUGAAAGAUAACAUGAAAGAAUCAAUUAUUGGAGCCUUUGACGAUUUAUCAUUAGAACACUGUGCUUCCGAGUGCAAUAAAGAUGUUGAUUGUUUUACUUUCGAGUUUUGUGAAACAAUCGACUAUGAGAAAAUUUCCGACAGUAGUGUUUCAUUGUUGAGCUGUAUAUUGACAAACUUGAAACCAAGUAAUGCUAACCAAUCUGGACUAUUUGAAUUAUCAAAAAGCAACAACAAAAUUUGUUCAGUUCACAUAAAUCACAAGAAAGUUACAGGAAAAAGCAAAACUAAUCCACAGCCAUCUUCAUUAAUAAUACCUUCACCAACUAAGUCGAAUGAUUAUAAUUUAGCAAUUGGAUUGGGGACAAUAGUAUUCAUAAUGGCGUUUGCUGGUGGACUCAUUGGAUUCAAAUUUUCUGCUAAAAAAGGAUUCAUUUCAGACUGCAACUAACUUAUUGAGCACCAAAAUCAUUUUACUCAUGUAAUAACU